AUGUCACGAAACAUGUUGGAUCACGACUUCGGUUCUGAAGAAGAAGACGAUGACUUCAACCCCGCCCCCGCAUACGAUUCAGACAAUGAAGACGCCAGGCCGACGCAUCAAGAUCGGGACGAUGAUGACGAUGAAGAAGAUGUAAAGCCUACACGACGGGUGGAACGUCGAGUCGGUAGCGAGGAGGCUGAAGAUAACGACGAUGCCGACGGGCAUGACGACGAGGAAGAUGAGGAGAACGAUGAUGACGAGGAGGAGGAAGAGGAGGAAGAUGACGAUGAAGAUGAAGGGGGUGCCGUGUCUCGACCCAAAAAGCGCAGAAAGAGAGCGGGUGUGCACACUUUCUUCGAGGAAGAGGCCGGCGUCGAUGAAGAUGAAGAUGAGGCCGAAGAUGAAGAGGAUGAAAUGGCCGAACUUGGUGGGGAAAUGCAUCCAGAUGAUAUGGAUGCGCUGCCUGUCGGCGCUGAGACCGACGACCGUCGCCACCGACAGCUCGAUCGCCAGCGCGAGCUUGAAGCCAGCAUGGAUGCCGAGAAACAAGCGCAGUUGCUCAAAGAACGUUACGGACGGAACCGUGCUGCAGCCUCCGAUGCAGUCGUUGUACCGAAGCGUCUACUACUUCCUAGUGUCGAGGAUCCUAGCAUCUGGGGUGUCCGUUGUAAGCCCGGCAAAGAAAGGGAGGUUAUUUUCGCCAUCCAGAAACGUAUGGAAGAGCGACCCAUGGGCUCUCGCAACCCUAUGAAAGUCAUUUCUGCCUUUGAGCGUGGAGGAGCUAUGAGUGGGUACAUCUAUGUUGAAGCCCGCAGGCAAGCGGACGUCAUGGAUGCAUUGCAAGAUAUGUCCAACGUCUACCCACGGACGAAGAUGAUUCUAGUUCCUGUGCGAGAAAUGCCGGACCUUCUCCGGGUGCAAAAGUCUGAAGAACUCUUGCCCGGUGGCUGGGUUCGUAUCAAACGUGGCAAGUAUCAAAACGAUCUGGCCCAGAUUGAAGAAGUUGAAACCAACGGUCUCGCUGUGACUGUUCGCUUGGUUCCGCGUCUAGACUAUGGCUUGAACGAGGAUACCGGUGCGCCUUUUAUGGAUCCCAAGAGGAAGCGUCCUGGCAUGAACCCCGCGGUGGCCCGGCCGCCUCAACGUCUGUUCAGUGAAGCUGAAGCUAAAAAGAAACACGGAAAAUAUCUUUCGGCCACGUCAGGAUUGGGUGGAAAAUCCUGGAGUUAUCUAGGAGAGACCUACAUCGACGGUUUCUUAAUCAAGGACAUGAAGGUACAACAUUUAAUCACGAAGAAUGUGAGCCCGCGGCUUGAGGAGGUUACCAUGUUUGCUCGAGGCUCAGAGGACGGCACUGCCAAUCUAGAUCUUGCGUCUCUCGCGGAAACACUCAAGAAUUCCACGGCUGAAGACUCUUACCUCCCAGGGGAUCCGGUUGAAGUGUUCCGUGGUGAACAGCAAGGCUUGAUCGGUCGCACUACUUCUACUCGCGGUGAUAUCGUUACUUUACAAGUUACCGAAGGUGACCUUGCAGGACAACACAUUGAUGCCCCUGUUAAAUCUCUCCGUAAACGCUUCAGGGAGGGUGAUCACGUCAAGGUCAUCGGUGGUAGCAGAUAUCAAGAUGAGCUGGGCAUGGUGGUCCAAGUUAAGGACGACACCGUAACGUUACUUAGCGAUAUGAGCAUGCAGGAGAUCACUGUGUUCAGCAAGGAUCUUCGGCUGUCUGCCGAAACAGGUGUUGACGGAAAGCUUGGAAUGUUCGACGUACAUGACCUUGUACAGCUAGAUGCCGCUACUGUUGCUUGUAUCGUCAAGGUUGAUCGAGAGUCCUUGCGGGUUUUGGAUCAAAACGGUUCGAUUCGCACUAUCCUCCCUACUCAAGUAACAAAUAAGAUCACACCGCGUCGGGAUGCAGUUGCUACGGAUCGGAAUGGUGCGGAGAUUAGACAUGGAGAUACCGUUCGCGAAGUAUACGGUGAACAAAGGAACGGCGUGAUCCUCCACAUUCACCGUUCAUUCCUGUUCUUGCAUAACAAGGCUCAGGCUGAGAAUUCCGGUAUUACUGUCGUGCGUACAACCAACGUUGUAACAGUAUCCGCUAAGGGAGGCCGGUCUACGGGCCCUGACCUUACUAAGAUGAACCCGGCUCUGAUGAGUCGUGGCGCACCUGGCAGCAUGAUGGGUCCCCCGAAGAGCUUCGGUCGCGACCGGAUGAUCGGAAAGACAGUCAUGGUCCGAAAGGGGCCCUUCAAAGGUCUUGUGGGUAUUGUCAAAGAUGCGGGAGAUGUGCAGGCACGUGUGGAGCUCCAUUCCAAGAACAAGCUGGUGUCGAUUCCCAAGGAGCUCCUCGUUGUCAAAGACCCCGUAACGGGCCAAACAAUCGAAAUGGGCCGCGGCAGAGGAGGACCACGCGUCCCUUCAGCAGCUCCACCAUCAAACUGGCAGGGUGGCCGCACACCGAUGGCAGCUGCAGAUUCAUCCAGGACACCUGCCUGGGGCGGUGCAUCCUCCGCGAGGACACCUGCUUGGGCUGGCGUGGGCGGUUCUCGCACACCAGCAUGGAAGAACGAUGGAUCCCGUACAUCGAACCCCUACGAUGGAAGCCGCACCGCAUAUGGCGGGUUCGGCUCACGCACCCCGGCCUGGAACGCAGCGCCCGGACUCCCUACGGCGGUUCCGGCUCCGGCUCCGGCUCCGGACAGAGUGAUUUCGACGCCUUCGCAGCCGGCUCCAGAACCCCGGCCUGGAACGCAAACUCCGGCAGUCGCACCCCAGCCUGGUCAGGAGCUACGGCAAGCAACGGCAGCAAAGACUCCCGUGGCUACGACGCCCCCACUCCAGGCGGAGCCUAUUCUGCACCCACCAGGCGCAUAUGGCAGUGCUCCAACUCCCGGUGUCUCAGCGCCCACGCCUGGAGCCUGGGCCGAC